AUGCAUCCACAGUUACAGGCUCAAAGAUUUCAUUCAUGUUUAGAUUUGAUUCAAGCUUUGGACAAGUGCCAUCAAGCAGAAUUUUACAAGAAGGCGUUUGGAUACUGUAAUAACGAGAAGGAAGAGCUUUCUAAAUGUUUACACGAGGCCAGAUUAGCAGACCAAAAGGAUAAUAUUUUGAAAAAUAAAGAGAAAAGAAAGAUGAUCGAUCAGAAAUGGAAACAGAUCGAGGAAGAAGAGUUUGGGGAGGAUGCUAUCUUGAAGAAGAUUAUUCAAAGGCAUGCUGCAAAGCAGAAUCCCAAAAGCUCGAGUACCGAUUAG